AUGGCGUCGUUCACAAAUCUCUCAGUACCACUUCUCUUGCUCGCCAUCCUCUUUCCUGCGCUCGCACUAUGCUAUAUCAAUCCAGCUGCCACAAGCGUACACCAAAAUGCCACAAAACCCUCUGCUUAUCGUGCUUACAUCGUGCUCGUCGAGCCACCACGCUCGAAUGCCGGCGAAGACGCCCAUCGCCAGUGGCAUAAGUCUUUCUUGCCGAGUUCGUUGAUGGAUGAGUCCAACGAGUCGCGCCUUCUCCAUUCCUACACCGAGGUGUUCAGUGGCUUCGCCGUGAGGCUCACCGACGCCGAGCUCGAUACGGUGGCCAAGAAGCCAGGGUUUGUGCGUGCAUUCCCCGACCGGACCCUGCAGCUAAUGACCACCCACACGCCAGAGUUCCUUGGGCUAAGGAACGACACCGGGUUCUGGAGCCAGGCUGGCUACGGGAAGGGAGUCAUCAUUGGACUGCUCGACACCGGCAUCUAUGCGACACACCCUUCUUUCAAUGACCAUGGAGUUCCACCACCCCCAGCAAGGUGGAAGGGCUCAUGCAAGGCGGCCCGGUGCAACAACAAGCUCAUUGGUGCCAAGUCAUUCAUCGAGGGUGUUGACUCUGGUGACGAAGAGGGACACGGAACGCACACCUCGUCCACGGCAGCCGGGAACUUCGUCACCGGCGCGUCAUACCAUGGUGUGGGUGUGGGAAAGGGCACUGCAGCCGGAAUUGCUCCUAGCGCACACAUCGCCAUGUACAAGGUAUGCGACAGUAGAGGCUGCGAGGAAUCCGCCGUACUGGCCGGCCUAGAAGAGGCCAUCAAGGAUGGGGUGGACGUGCUCUCGUUCUCCGUUGGUGGCACCAUGAGUCCCAUCUAUGAUCAAGACCCCAUCGCUAUUGGCGCGUUUAGUGCUAUGUCCAAGGGCAUCCUCAUGGUGUGUGCCGCAGGUAACGAUGGUCCGAAUCUGUUCUCGGUCACCAACGUCGCCCCGUGGUUGCUCACAGUCGCCGCCGGCUCCGUAGAUCGGAGCUUCGGUGCCAGUGUGAAUCUUGGCAAUGGCAAGAUCAUCGAUGGAGAAGCGCUUACCCAGAAAGCGAGUCCGAGCUCAAAGUCGCACCCUCUCGUCUACUCCGAGGAACGGCGGUACUGCAAUUACAGUGAUGACAGUGGCAUCGCUGGUAAGAUCCUGGUCUGCGAGAACACGAAGUCGGAGACUCAAAAGUCCAACGUCCGCAGAAUAGUGGGUGCUGGUGCGUCCGGUGUGGUGUUGUUCAACGACAAAAUCAGUGGCUACACCACCAUUGUUCAGGAUUACAACUCCAGUGUUGUACAGGUGACCGCGUCCGACGGUGGCAUCCUCAUAGCUUACGCCGCAUCGUCGAAGAGCAGCUCUGUGGCCUCUCUCACGUACAACAACACAUUGUUUGGUGUCCGCCCGGCCCCUGUCGUGCCUUUUUUCUCUUCCCGGGGUCCAAGUUUCACCAACCUCAACAUCCUAAAGCCGGACAUAUUGGCACCGGGGCUCAACAUCCUCGCUGCAUGGCCGCCAAGCACGGCCUCCGGACAGGGCCCUUUCAACAUCAUAUCAGGCACAUCCAUGGCGACGCCCCACGUGAGUGGUGUUGCGGCGCUUAUUAAAAGCAUCCAUCCCGACUGGUCGCCAGCCGCCAUCAAGUCUGCUAUCCUAACGACGUCGGACAUCGUUAAUAGCACUGGCGGCUCAAUCUUGGACGAGCAGCAUCGAAAGGCCGGGGUGUUCGACACAGGCGCCGGCCAUGUGAACCCGGCGAGAGCCGCCGACCCUGGCUUGGUGUACGACCUCAGCGUCACUGAGUAUGCCGGCUACAUCUGCUGGUUCCUCGGUGACAGCGGCCUAGCAACCAUCAUGCGCAACUCAAGCUUGACCUGCGGGAAGCUGCCCAAGGUCCAGCACGCGCAGCUCAACUACCCGACGAUAACCGUGUUGGUUUCAUCGACUCCGUUCACAGUGAACCGAACUGUGACGAACGUUGGGCCAGCGGAUUCGACAUUCAAGGCCAAGGUGGACGUGCCGAAGCCUCUGACCGUGCGUGUCUCCCCGGAGACGCUGUCAUUCUCCAAAGCCGGAGAGAAGAAGACCUUCAGCAUGUCUGUGAGCGGCGACCUGGGCAAGGAAGUACUGUAUGUGGAGGGAAGCUUGAGCUGGGUAUCGGAGAGGCAUGUCGUGCGGAGCCCCAUCGUCGCUCUUCCGGCCUCAUCACCAUGAAUGAUGUACGUGCCGCAAGAUCACUAGAUGUUUUAUUUCUUCAUGUUUAAGUCAUCUUUCAGUAUUUCUUUUGCGUCAACAUAAUAAUAAAUAAACAGUACCAAUGGAACAAAAACUUGCAUUAUGAUUUACUUACUGGUGCAAAGUUUUAAGUUAUGCGAUUCGAACCAGAGAUGAGCGGUUGAUACUUGGUCCUGCUGCUUAAUGCCGCGGCAUCUCUGCCUGUCUGAAUUCUGAAACUCCAUUACCUUUUUGUUCAGAGCAAGAAAACAAAGGUGGACGGAAACUUCUGAAACUCUGAAGUUGUAUCCGUCCCUGUAAACUUCUGUUGGAUAUAGGAAACAGAGUAAAUAAAUGAUAUGGCCGUGUCCAUCACAGGCAAUCUGCAAUUGAAAUUAUUUUCUCUUUGAUGCAGAUCUCCCUCUAAAUGCUCAACAAAAGAAAUGUGAAAAUUGUUGGUGUUAAUCUCGUCAGUAGGGUUUUAUGGAUGUGCAAGU